GUAAAUGACUGCUUAGAACAUGGCCCACGUGAAAUAUUUUCGGAUAGCUGCUUCGGGAUUUUACUUCUGGGAAGCAACUGUGUUACUCAGUUUGGUUGCCACAAAGGAGACAGACAGUGCAAGAUCACGUAGCACACCCAUGUCACCAUCUGAUUUUCUGGAUAAACUAAUGGGCAGGACAUCAGGCUAUGAUGCAAGAAUCAGACCCAAUUUUAAAGGCCCUCCAGUUAAUGUCACAUGCAACAUAUUCAUAAAUAGCUUUGGAUCCAUUGCAGAGACAACCAUGGAUUACAGAGUGAACAUCUUCCUCCGUCAGAAGUGGAAUGAUCCGCGCCUCGCAUAUAGUGAAUACCCUGAUGAUUCCCUAGACUUAGAUCCCUCCAUGUUGGAUUCCAUUUGGAAACCUGAUCUUUUCUUUGCUAAUGAAAAGGGAGCCAACUUUCAUGAGGUUACAACAGACAACAAAUUGCUAAGAAUUUUCAAAAAUGGAAAUGUGCUAUAUUCAAUCAGAUUGACAUUAAUACUCUCCUGCCCAAUGGAUCUAAAAAAUUUUCCUAUGGACGUACAAACAUGUAUAAUGCAACUGGAAAGCUUUGGAUAUACCAUGAAUGAUCUCAUCUUUCAAUGGCAAGAUGAGGCACCUGUACAAGUAGCAGAGGGACUCACUUUGCCCCAGUUUGUUUUAAAAGAAGAGAAAGACUUACGGUACUGCACCAAACACUACAAUACAGGAAAGUUCACAUGCAUAGAAGUUCGUUUCCACCUUGAACGACAGAUGGGCUACUACCUGAUCCAGAUGUACAUACCUAGUCUCCUAAUUGUUAUAUUGUCAUGGGUUUCAUUUUGGAUUAACAUGGAUGCAGCUCCAGCCAGGGUUGCUUUGGGGAUAACAACUGUCCUGACCAUGACCACGCAAAGCUCAGGAUCCAGAGCUUCUCUCCCAAAGGUCUCCUAUGUCAAAGCCAUUGACAUUUGGAUGGCAGUAUGUCUCCUCUUUGUGUUCUCAGCACUCCUGGAGUAUGCUGCUGUCAAUUUUGUAUCAAGGCAACACAAAGAACUACUGCGAUUGCGUCGGAAACGAAAGAAGAACAAGACAGAAGCUUUUGCAUUGGAGAAGUUUUACCGUUUCUCAGACACGGAUGAUGAGGUAAGGGAAAGUCGGUUCAGUUUUACAGCCUAUGGAAUGGGACCAUGUCUACAAGCAAAAGAUGGCGUGACCCCAAAGGGGCCAAACAAUCCUGCCCAGAUCACACCAAAAAACUCCGAUGAAAUGAGGAAGGUAUUUAUCGACAGAGCCAAAAAAAUUGACACCAUUUCCCGAGCCUGCUUCCCAUUAGCCUUUUUGAUUUUCAAUAUUUUUUAUUGGGUUAUCUACAAAAUUCUUAGGCAUGAGGAUAUUCAUCAGCAGCAAGACUAAACCCACAGAGGCAUUGAGGCUUGGUUGUUCCAUUUAGCAGGAAUUAUCUCUGUUAGAUACGUUGCAUGUUUGUAUGUAUGUAUGUGUGCAUACACAUAUUUGCCUGCACAAGAAUGUGUGUGGUGUGUGUGCGUGUAUGUAUGAGUGCAUGUGCAGCUGAGACAUAUGGAGAGGGUUAAAGAAACAUAUGGAAAAGAGUUUCUAUUUUGACUUGCUAUGCAGUCAUAAUCAGACAGAUGAAUGAAGAUGAAUAUAUGCUAUGAUAAUCUCUAUUUCAUGCCGAUUAAAAGUGACCAAUUUUUUUCAUAGUAAGUCAUAUCAUUGUAUAUUAAAGCUUUACUGCCAAUGCAUUUUAUGGUACAACUUAUUACUUAGUGGUAGUAAUAUCACCACUUUUUGGAGUUUCCUAUGAUUUUUUUUUUAAUUCAGUGUUAUUUCCUAUUAAAGUUGGUUUAAAACUCCCCAGCUGAGUACCACAUAAGAAGUACCUACUUAGAAUUUUUUUGUAAAGAAAAAAACAUAGAAAGUAGUAACAAAUCAAUGGUUUAUCUCUAAAAAUUAUUUUCUUAGACUGUGUCUAUCUGCCACUUAAAUCAUUGCUUACUUCAAUAGAAUAUAUCAGACAAACUCUAGUUUUGAUGUGUCAACAUAGCUACUAGCUCUGAAAAAUAUGAACAAAUUUUCUAAUACAGAAAAUAAGCAAACUUUUUUUAAAAAAAUUAGUGUUAUGAAAUUGUUCAUAAUCAAGUCAUCUCUGUAGGUAACUAGUAUAAAUGGCCCAGGAGGCCAGAUAGCCAAC